AGAUUGUGCAUGCUAGUUCUUUUGAGAGUUUUGGGGGAACCGGAGUGGAAGAUGUGCUAAAGGAAUGGAAAACGUUUAUCAAGGUCGCAGGAAUGUCACUCAGUAAACCAGAUGUAAACCAGAUCAAUCCUGCAGUUCUCUGAUACUACUGAUUCUUAACCUGCUUUAGUGUUCUAUCGCUGCUCUAAGGCUUCUCCAUUCAAACACUGGAUUUGGCGCAGGUGCUAAACCAGGCGCAAAGAAUACCCCCGGGGCAGAAAGGAGGCAAAACGGAAAGUUUGGGAUUGGAACACGUGGUCUGAUUGGAACCCUGUUUUUUUUCGCUCGGAUACACGCGUUGAGACGCUCGGAUCGAGAGGCAGGAAGGAAACAGCGCUCGGUGCGCAUAAUGCGCGGAGUACCAGCGUUUAUAUGAAACAAUACAAGCCGCUUAACAACUGCGCACGUUUUUAUUCCCUCUGUCUCUGUCUCUGGAUAUCGCGAUUGCAUUGUUUUUGGUUUGAUUGAUACCUAAACGAGGACGGGUUUUGUGGCGUUAUAAGCGAUCAUGACAUCUCCGGCGAAAUUCCGCAAAGACAAGGAGAUUAUAGCUGAAUACGAGACGCAAGUUAAAGAGAUCCGUGCUCAGCUGGUGGAGCAGCUCAAAUGUUUGGACCAGCAAUGCGAGCUUCGUGUGCAGCUCCUCCAGGACCUUCAGGACUUCUUCCGCAAGAAGGCGGAGAUCGAGAUGGACUACUCCCGCAACCUGGAGAAGCUGGCCGAGAGGUUUCUGGCUAAGACGCGCAGCACCAAGGACCAUCAGUUCAGGAAGGAGCAGACUGUUCUAUCUCCAAUGAACUGCUGGAACCUGCUGCUUACUCAGGUGAAGCGGGAGAGUCGGGACCACGCCACGCUUAGCGACCUCUACCUCAAUAACGUCAUACCGCGCUUCUCCCAGAUCAGCGAGGACUCAGGACGUCUCUUCAAGAAGAGUAAAGAGUUGGGAGUUCAGCUGCAGGAGGAUUUGAUGAAGGUUCUCAAUGAGCUCUACACGGUGAUGAAGACAUAUCACAUGUACAAUGCGGACAGCAUCAACGCAGAGAGCAAGCUGAAAGAGGCCGAGAAGCAGGAGGAGAAGCAGAUGGGGCGAGGGGCACGCCAGGAGGAGCGGCAAACGCCGCGUUCACCAGACACACUCGCCAGCGUCAGGCAUGACGACAAGCCUGUCCGCCGUAGCUCUGUCAAGAAGAUCGAGAAGAUGAAGGAGAAGCGCCAAGCCAAAUACACUGAGAACAAACUGAAAGCCAUCAAGGCCAGGAAUGAGUACCUGCUGGCUCUAGAGGCGACCAACUGCUGCGUUUUCAAGUACUACAUUCAUGACCUCUCUGACCUCAUUGAUUGCUGUGAUUUGGGCUACCACGCCAGCUUGAACCGGGCGCUGCGUACCUACCUCUCGGCCGAGUUCAACGUGGAGACGUCGAAGCACAGCGGCCUGGAGAUGAUUGAGAACGCAGCCGAAAACCUGGAGGCUCACAGCGACAAACAGAAACUCAUGGAGACCUACAACAACACCUUCUGUCCACCCAUGCGCUUCGACUUUCAGUCUCACAUGGGAGAUCAGAUGGGGUAUGUGUGUUCCCAGCAGCCACUUCAGGGAGAACUUCUUCAGAGGUGUCAGCAGCUCCAGUCUCGACUGUCCACGCUCAGGAUAGAGAACGAGGAGGUGAAGAAGACGAUGGAGGCCACCCUGCAGACCAUCCAGGACAUGGUGACCAUCGAGGACUUUGAUGUGACAGACUGCUUCCAUCACAGCAACUCCAUGGAGUCGGUCAAGUCCACCGUGUCUGAAUCGUUCAUGAGCAAACCGAGCAUCGCCAAGAGACGAGCCAACCAGCAGGAGACCGAGCAGUUCUACUUCAUGAAACUGAAGGAGUUCCUGGAGGGUAGAAACCUCAUCAUCAAACUACAGGCCAAGCACGAGCUUAUCCAGAAAAGUCUUGGAGAGAGUCAGAAGACUGACUACUGCCUUGCCAGUGGGCGCAGGGACUCGUCGGCGCAGAAACAGGAAUCUGCUCAAGCCAUACCAUUGAUCGUGGAGAGCUGCAUCCGCUUCAUCAGCCGUCACGGCCUGCAACACGAGGGCAUCUUCAGAGUGUCCGGCUCACAAGUCGAGGUCAACGACAUAAAGAACGCCUUUGAGAGGGGUGAGGACCCGCUGGCUGUGGAUCAGAAUGAUCACGACAUGGAUUCCAUCGCCGGCGUCCUCAAGCUAUACUUUAGAGGUCUGGAGACCGCCCUCUUCCCAAAAGAAGUCUUCCAUGAUCUCAUGGCCUGUGUCUCCAUGGAAAACCUUCAGGACAGAGCCACACAUAUCCGCAAGGUCCUGCUAAAUCUACCCAGCAACACCGUGGUCAUCAUGAGAUACCUGUUCGCUUUUCUCAACCAUCUGUCCCAGUACAGUGAGGACAACAUGAUGGACCCCUAUAAUCUGGCCAUCUGCUUCGGCCCCACGCUCAUGUCCGUGCCAGAGGGUCACGACCAGGUCUCCUGCCAAGCCCAUGUCAACGAGCUGAUCAAGACCAUCAUCAUUCAGCAUGAGAGCGUCUUCCCUGGGUCACGCGAGCUCGAGGGGCCCGUUUACGAGCGUGUCGGAGCUGCGGAGGAAUACUGUGAUAGUCCACAAAGCGAGCCCCCUCUAGUGGACGAACCAGCACCUGACACCGUCUCAGACAUUCCCAACAGUGAUGAUGGCUCGUUGAACGUUUCAGAAUCGGAUCCCAUCGAGGCCAUCGCUCGAUUCGACUACUCGGGCCGUAACAACCGGGAGCUCUCCUUUAAGAAGGGCGCCUCACUGAUCCUGUACCACAGGGCUUCUGACGACUGGUGGCAGGGACGGCACAACGAUGUCGACGGCCUCGUGCCUCAUCAGUACAUCAUGCUUCAGGACAUGGCGGAUUAUGACUCCACCGGAAGAGGAAGUCCCAAAGCUGACCUUGAUGCAUCUCAGGAGGCCGGGGAGGAAAAAGUGUCAACUAGAGGAAAUGCCAGCUCCCCCAGUGGAAGCCAUGUAGCUGAUAUCUAUCUGGCCAACCUUAACAAGUUACGGAAGCGCCCGGAGGCAAGCGGAAUCCGCAGAACAUUCCGGCCAGUAGAAGGCGCUAUUGAGAGCUCGCCUGUACCCGGUGGGGGUCUGAGGGUCACCUCAUUACCGGCAGCUGGGCUUCCCAAAGAGGGUACCGAUAAGCGGCCGCUCAGCCUCCUGAACUCGGUCACCCGCCACUCAUCCCUUAAGACCAAGGUGGAGAGCCCUCAGUUCCGCAGGGGCGCCCCCGCUGGACGCUCCAAGAGCUUCAGCAACCAUCGACCUUUUGAGCCUGAGCUCAUCGCCCAGGUUGAGCAGAGCUCACAGGACAUCAGCGUGACCAUGAGCACGGCCAUAAGCGAGCUGCACGAUUUAGACAAGAAGGCCAGCGUGAAGCCGGCGCCCGACGUGGUGCUCGACACCCUGGAGCAGCUGAAGAGUGGAGGAGCCUCAGAACCCUCCAGUCCGCUCCACGCGCGCCCGCUCCAGCACCCGAUGCAGUGCUCCCUCCAGCGCAGCGCCAGCUCGGCCAGCGACAUGCCCUCCGCCUGCCGCCCUCACAAGAGCCCGGCACCCAAGAGCCCUCUGUCCUCGGGAAGCGCCGGUUCCGCGCUCUCACCCGCCAUCUCCACGUUCAGAGAUAACCGGCCGCCGGCCACCAGGCCCAAACCUGUGGUGUUCCCGAAAAGUAGCGGCUCGAGCAGUAAUAUCCCUCCGUCUCCUCCACCGCCUCCUCCGACCACCGAUAAAUCCUGCCCGGCUUAAGGGUUUCAUUGCAUUUCUGGCCACUGAUUCAGUACAGACACUCAUUUGCAGUAAUUGGUGUGGAUGUGAGUGUGUGAGUGUGUGUGCAUCGUAAAGUGAUUUUUCAGCACUGUCAAGGGCAAGAUAAGAAUUCCGGCUGGGAUAUAGACUCUAGAUCUCCCUUUAUUACCUUAGCUUGAUUUAUUUUGGUAGCAGUGGAUUGAAUUGCUAUGGUGAACCUGUAGCUGUGAAUAAUUUCUACGCAAUGCCUCUUUAUCCAGCGAGCCAGACUGGUGGGUCAACCAUGAGUGCAGUGGCGGAUAAAUAACUGUGUUUAUAUGCAGCAUUUUUAAUAACGUACUGAUAUGAUGUUCAUGAUUUUGUCAGGAUGAGGGAUGAUUUCCUAACCUCUUCACAUAGCCUUCCUAAUUUAGGACAGAGGGCCAAAUGUGAAUCAAUACUUCUCUAUAGAAUAGCAAUGCCAGCAUAGCAAUCUGUUUGCACCACUUUCUUUUAAAGGGAAAUAUGCAUGUCGGUGUACAUACUCAUAUACAAAAAUAACAACAACCACUAAACAGAUGCAAUAUAAAACCUGUGCAUGUUUACAACACAGUUACUAUUGUAUUUAUGUACUUGUACAAUCUGUGAAGCCUGGAAAUCUGGAAGGUGCUGCACAGUAACAUUUAGGGAUUUGCCAUUCUUGGUCAUCCUACCUGCGUGGUACUAAUCGAAAUGUUCAAGUAAUUAAAAUGACCAUCGAUUUUGACCAUGCUUCAAUGCUUAUGGGGCGUAUUCGGAAUUGUACUGCUGUCUUAGGGCUUUAAGGUCACGCGCAUUCGCCAGUGGUUUGCGGCCUCGCCUUUCGCAUUCCUUAAUCUCUUUACAAUAUUAUGUACGGUAGACAUUUUUUCUAAAACGCAGGACCGUCUCCUUAUUAUUAUUAGUGAGCUUUUUAUUGCGUAAUGUCCACUUUGAGAAGUAGUAUGUCGGGUAAUACUACAGGUCAAUGUGCUUUAACUACAGUAU